UCACGAUCCGUGCCACCCUUCCUAUUCUCUAAUCUCUAUCUCUCUCUCUGUACUCUGUGAGGACUGAGGGGUGAAGUCUGCUGGCAAUUUCCAGUGCCCCACACCACACAACCCCUUCACUAGUAGCCACCAGUUCUCCUCCAGUCCCCAUAUAUAUGUUCCUCUGGCACUGGCUGACAAAAAGCCCAGCGCCAGAAGCUGAUCUCUACCAGUUUGUUUCUCGAAUUAUCACCCCCUUUGUGGGAAAUACUUUUGUGGUAGUACCCCUGCUACCUAGUGCGAUAGCCUUUGUUUUCUCAGCGGUGAUGGAAACUCUGGCAGCUUCAUCCGCGAAGCUACUUGUUUAUGUGGAGAAUCAGAAUCCGAGAGACAAGCAGACCAGUACCGGUUUUUCGUGCCAAGCUCCGACAACAAGAGCUGCUGCUGCUGCUGCUGCCCGGAGUAGACCAGAAAUUCGUUUUCUUCGAUACCUGAACAAGCAUGCCAACUUUGGUUAUUCAUCUUCACUUUCGCUUUCCUUUCAUCGGAAAACCAUUCACCCCAUUUCUUCUGUCCCUGCUCUGUCACAGACUAGUGCUGGAAUUGAAGAAAUUCGGGCAAAGGAUACAACUCAGUUCAAAAGUGUUCACGUGAAGUUCCAAUUACAGAGGGAAUGCUUAUUCGGCCAGCAAUUUCUAAUCGUUGGGGAUGAUCCUAUGUUUGGAUUGUGGGAUCCAUCAAAUGCAAUUCCGUUAAACUGGUCCGAGGGGCAUGUAUGGACUGUUGAAAUGGAUAUACCUUGUGACAAAGUGAUGAAGUACAAAUUCAUCCUGAAAAGAGGUGAUGAUACCAUCUUGUGGCAACCAGGCCCUGAUCGAAUUCUGAGGACAUUGGAAACCUGGAAAACAAUUACUGUUUGUGAAGAUUGGGACAAUGCGGAACUCCAAACCCUUAUUGAGGAGGACCCUGUUGCACAUCAAGAACUUCAAACCCUUAUUGAGGAGGAGGACUCUGUUGCACAUCAAGAACUACAAACCCUUAUUGAGGAGGACCCUGUUGCCCAUCAAGAACUUCAAACCCUUAUUGAGGAGGAGGACUCUGUUGCACAUCAAGAACUACAAACCCUUAUUAAGGAGGACCCUGUUGCACAUCAACUUACGGAAUCAAGAGAGAAUUCAGAAAAACUGACAGUCGUAGGGAAUCUGCUUCAGCCAAGUGGAGACCCUGAGGCACUGGCCAGCACAAAUGGCUAUGCACAACCGGCAACAAAACCACUGUCUGAGAAACCUGUGACUGUUCCUGUUGAAAAUAAAAUUGAACAACAUGAAGAACAAGCAGUUGAAUUUAAUGAAUUUGCUGGUGUAAGCUUUAGUUCUAAUCCAAACGAGAUUGUAAGUUUAGGAGUAAAUGAUCACCCGAAUUUUAGAAGGUCAGAAAGCACUGAGAAUUUUACAGUGCCGAAGGAUGAGAAAAAACUUGAUACCAGUGCUGCUAUGCCUGUUUUAGUACCGGGUUUGACUCCAAAACCAACAGCAGAUAUUGAAGAAUCAUCUGCCAGUAAAGCGGAUCCACACAUCAGUACUGCUUCAUCGGUGGGAUCCUACAAGUCUCAGGAUUUCAGUGUGCCGGAGAUUAACCUUGUUGUCUGACGCAUAUGAUGACAUUUUGCUCAUCUGAACAACUGAAAUUGCAGCUAAAUUUGAAGGAAGAACCUGAUAUUCACUACCCAGUUGCUGAGGAAGAAACUGAGACGUUAUUGUUAAAUGAGAACCUUGAAAUGCAUGGCAAAGGACAUCUGCAAAUGCCGCAGUUAUCUGAAGAAAAGGACCAGCCUGACUAUACCGGGGGGAGAGACUCUGUCCCGGAUAAUGACAUUCAAUGGGGUCGAAGAACUCUCCAACAAUUCCUUAUGAAUUUGGGCUUGUUAUGAGUUGUAACGUAUUGGUGGAGCUACAAUAAGGUAAAAUAUGUAAUAAAGCCUGUUAGUUAGAAAUUAUUGUUAUCCCAUAUGAAGGGAUGCAUGUAGUAGUCAUUGUGUGUAUAGGGACUUAAUAUAUGGUCCCAGACUCCCACGGAUGGUUUCUAGUGUAGCUCAUGGAAUGGGCUGGGUUGAUGAAUGGUGAUUCCAGUUUGUAUACGAAUGAAAGGUCCUAUUGCUAGUUACACAUACA